CCUCCCUUGCAGCCUGGGAGAGCUCUCCUGGCUGGCUCUGAGCUUCGGGACGGACGGAGCCGCCGCUACGACCAAGAGCGCUACCCGGAGGAGGAACGCCCUAAAGAGGAGGGGAGGGAGGAGAGAGAAAGAGAGAGAGGGAGAGACUGAGAGAACAGGAGAGGCAAGCCAGCUAGCCAGCCAGCCGGGCCGCCGGAGGCGGAGAGGAGAGGGAGAAAGGGAACGCGAGAGAGGGACUGGGAGCGAAAGCAAGCCAGAGACACCGAGAGGGGCGCGCUCACUUCUCUGCCAAGUGCCAACUUUCCCUGGAGAGUGUUCAGAAGCGCGGACCUUCCUCUGGGGAGAAAGCUAGCCCAACUUGAGAUUGGAGAAAAACGGGUUAGCUCCCUUUCCCUCCCCCUUGAUUUUAACCCCCUCCCCCAAUAAAGAGGGGGGGAAAAUCAUCUUCUUUACAACUCAAUCUGUCCCCACUCCCUGGCACCAUGAAGGCGGCGGUAGAUCUCAAACCGACUCUCACCAUCAUCAAGACAGAGAAAGUGGACCUGGAACUUCUCCCUUCCCCCGAUAUGGAAUGUGCAGAUGUUCCCCUCUUAACUCCAAGCAGCAAAGAAAUGAUGUCACAGGCACUGAAAGCCACUUUCAGUGGUUUCACUAAAGAGCAGCAACGGCUGGGAAUUCCCAAAGAUCCCCGGCAAUGGACAGAAACCCAUGUUCGGGACUGGGUACUGUGGGCAGUGAAUGAGUUCAGCCUGAAAGGUGUGAACUUUCAGAAGUUCUGCAUGAGUGGAGCUGCUCUUUGUGCAUUGGGCAAAGACUGCUUCUUGGAAUUGGCCCCUGACUUUGUUGGGGACAUCUUAUGGGAGCAUCUAGAGAUCCUACAGAAAGAGGACAUGAAACCAUAUCAAGUUAGUGGAGUCAGCUCUACCUAUCCAGAGACCCGCUAUACCUCGGAUUACUUCAUUAGUUAUGGUAUUGAGCAUGCCCAGUGUGUUCCUCCAUCAGAGUUCUCAGAGCCCAGCUUCAUCACUGAGUCCUACCAGACACUGCACCCCAUCAGCUCUGAGGAGCUCCUCUCCCUCAAAUAUGAGAAUGACUACUCCUCAGUCAUCCUCAGUAGGGACCCUCUCCAGGCAGACACCUUGUCUACUGAUUAUUUCACAAUCAAACAAGAAGUUGUAACCCCAGACAACAUGUGCAUGGGGAGAACCAGUCGUGGUAAACUUGGAGGCCAGGACUCCUUUGAGAGCAUAGAGAGUUAUGAGAGCUGUGAUCGUCUCACCCAGUCCUGGAGCAGUCAGUCAUCUUUCAACAGUCUCCAACGUGUCCCCUCCUAUGACAGCUUCGAUUCGGAGGACUAUCCUGCUGCCCUACCCAACCACAAACCCAAGGGCACCUUCAAGGACUAUGUGCGUGAUCGUGCUGAGCUCAACAAGGAUAAGCCCGUCAUUCCUGCUGCCGCUCUGGCAGGCUACACAGGCAGUGGACCAAUCCAGCUGUGGCAGUUUCUUCUGGAGUUACUCACAGAUAAAUCCUGUCAGUCAUUUAUUAGCUGGACAGGAGAUGGCUGGGAAUUCAAGCUCUCUGACCCAGAUGAGGUGGCCAGGAGAUGGGGCAAAAGGAAAAACAAGCCUAAGAUGAACUACGAGAAAUUGAGCCGGGGCCUGCGUUACUACUAUGACAAAAACAUCAUCCACAAGACGGCUGGUAAACGCUAUGUUUAUCGCUUUGUCUGUGACCUGCAGAGUCUGCUUGGGUACACACCUGAGGAACUCCAUGCCAUGUUAGACGUCAAACCUGAUGCAGAUGAGUGACAGAGAUGGAAGGAAAUGGGAAGAACUUUGCUGAAGCAUUUCAAAGAUCAACUGCAUCAGUCGGACUCUUGAUUUUAAAUUGUUCUAUUUUUUAUUUUUGUUUUUUAUUAUUAUUAUUUUCCAGAUAUGAGGAAACUCAGUUUUUACAUUCAGGGGUGGGAAGCUGAGCCGAAGCUAUAACUGAUGGUAGUGUGGCCACCACGAGAAGGCAAGGAAGGACUUCUGAACUAGAGAAGGACAGAUUUUUAAGGGGAAGGGAGGGUCUUCAUAGAAGCCAGAAGAAUCUGGUUUAAAUGAGGAAGAGAUUCCAAUAUUGAAUCCUUUAUAGAAAUCAUUCAUUGAAAAUAUGCCACUUUAGUUAUGGCCUUAUUAAUAAGCAAAACAAACUGACACUUCAGGAAGUCAAAAGACUGAAAGGGUAGAUUUUUUUUUUUUUAAGGGCUGGGAGGGCAAAAAGGGUGGGAUAGAAGAUUCUGUUCUGGGGAUGGACCUUGGAAAAACACAAGGAUUUUAUUCCUUGCCUCUUACUCUGCUUUUGCAGCAAAAAAAUGGACUUAAGUGGGGAGGGGACCAAACUUUUUUGUGUUUCAAAUUUAUUUUAUUAAAUUUUGUGCCAGUAUUUUUUUUUUUUCUUAAAAAUCGUCUUAAGCUCUAAGGUGGUCUCAGUAUUGACAUUCUGUGUGAGUUUGUUCUAUGUGCUGGCUGAGAAUUCAGUCACAGUGAAAGAAAACUGUUUAUAUAGACCCCACUGGAAAAGUAUAGCUUUGUCAUUGAGAUUCAGGAGUCCAAAACUUAAGACUCGUAUAUGUAGGAAAAAUAAGGCUGAUUUGGGUAUCAGGGAUGGAAAAAUGUUCUUCAGUGCAUGUGAAUCUCACCCGUGAAUAUUUCUUAUCAUCAUAUCUCUUUUCUCAUUUGCCAUUAGCAGACUCUUGGGGUUUGUACUUAAUGCAGAACUAAGAAAAUCAUUAAGUCUUUUAACUGAAUGUAUUUCACAGCUGUAACCUGGAACUGCAGUAAUUGUAGUAGCACUGGCCUAAUAGUAGAAAAGAAAGUUGGGGGGGGGGGGAAUGAAUUUGGAGAUGAUUCUGUUAGUUCUAAAUUAUAUUUGUAGAUUCAAAAAAAUUGAAGGUAUAGCAUGUAAGAUAGCUAUCAGAUGUAGAGAAAUGAGUUCUGAAUGCAUUGAGUUCCUAGUCAUCCACCCAAGCACCCCCACUUCCCUAUUCCUUGCUGUGAUCAUCACACAUAAUUCUUCUGUUAUCUCUUCUCUUUCCCUCCCCCUCUGUCUCUCAUUUCUCAGGAAGGAGAAAUUUGUAAUUUACUGAAUGAUGAAUGAAAGGAAGCUACAGGAGAGAGGGCAAGAGCUGGAGAUUUUUAAAUUAAGCCAUUUUGGCUGGUUAUGUUUUAACAAGGAGGGAAGUUAUAGAAGUUUAGAUAGUAGUGCAAAACAAACAGUUUGGUAUAGAAUUACACAGGGGGGAAAGCCUGAGGCUUUCCUUUAAAGAACGGAAGUCGGCUGAGACUAGGGAUGCUAAGCAUGUAGCCAGUAUAUGUCUUCUUAUACUGGUCCUUGGAUAUGUGAUUUUGUUAUAGGAGAAGUAAAGAUGGAUAGAUGGUGUAGAGGAGAG